UCACUGAGACUUGAUAAUUACAAGGAGAAAGGACGACUCCUUGUUGAAGCGGCCGAUUCGCUGUUAUGGAUGCGUUAAGUGUUGCGUAUUUCUGUCAGAUCGUAAACGGGUAGCCUGAAAGUGACUGACUGGUAGGAGCAUUUAUCCGAAUAUUACAGGGGGACGAUUCAGCCCUCUUUUACCUUUCCUGUAAGGUCAGUGAAGGAAUCUGAACACCACUUCAGUUAACUAUGGCGAGUGAUGACAAAGUUGCUAUCCUUUCUGAUGAUGAAGAGGAACAGAAAAGAAAAUAUAUUCUCUCUGAAUCUUUCAACACUAUGUCAAGAGAAGCAAGGAAUGAACCACCUUCUAAUCCUAUCCAUUCAGAAACAGAAGCUACAGAAACAGAGGAACAGGAUUGGCUAGAGAGACGUUGUAUAAAAAUUAGUAAUGAUCUCCUUAUUUCCAAAGUGUUCUACUUCUUCUUUUACUCUGGGUAUGGAUCAUUGUACCCAUUGCUACCUGUAUACUAUAAACAACUUGGUAUGUUGGCCAGCCAAGGUGGACUUCUGGUGGGAAUAAGGUAUUUUAUUGAAUUCUGCAGUGCACCAUUCUGGGGAGUCAUAGCAGAUCGUUUUAGAAAAGGCAAGAUUGUCCUUCUCUUUUCAGUUAUGUGUUGGAUUGUCUUCAACUUGGGAAUUGGUUUCGUGAAACCUGCCUCCAUGAAAUGUGAGUCAAAGAAUCCCAUGCCUACCACAUCAGCUUCAAAUUACUCUACUCUCUCAGCAUUACCCACUACUGCAUCCACAAACCACUUUCUCUCAACCGAGUCAAAUAAAAGUCGGAUGCAGAGGGACAUUUUCACAAGUCAACCUUUUGGAUACAUGGGUAAUCUUAGCUUUUCGUUUUCCUUGGUCAAUACAGAAGGAGGUCAUGCUUUACAGGAAAGAGCUGUUCCAAGUGCUAAGAAUUCAACAGCAACCAUAAAUUCCAGUAGGACAUUACAUUCCACCACAGUCAGCAGUACAUCUGCCGCAAUUGAGCAACCCGACAAAUUGAUCACUUACAACUUGGCAGAAGUUGAAAAUAUUUUCUUGCUAAUAUUGUUGGUUGUUAUCGUCGGAGAGUUUUUCAGUGCACCAGCGGUCACUAUCGUAGACACUGUUACCCUACAGUACCUCGGCAAACACAGAGAUCGCUAUGGAUUGCAGCGAAUGUGGGGGUCCUUAGGAUGGGGUAUUACCAUGCUGGCAGUUGGCAUCUCAAUUGACCACACGCACAUUGAGGUUCCUGUUCAGGGUCAGGGCUGUCAAAUACCUGAUUACAAGAAUUACAGGAUAACCUUUAUUGUUUUUGGAGUUUUAAUGUCUAUAGCACUAAUUGUAUCAACCCAAUUCAGAUUUGACUACAGUCAUUUAAAACCUGAGGAGAAUAAAAGCGAUGAAUUUAUUGAAAUUCAGCGAGUGGCUCAGAAUCCUUCAGCAGAAGAUUCUGGAGUCACAAGUAAUGCUGAAGAGUCUAAGAGUACGGGAACAAAAAAAUUUGAAUUUAGACAGCUUCUGAGAAUAAUUUGCAGUGUGCAAUAUGGUUCUGUGCUAUUUGUGGCCUGGUUCAUGGGCUUUGGUUACGGCUUUGUGUUUACAUUCCUCUACUGGCAUCUGGAAGACUUGAAUGGGACAACUACACUUUUUGGAAUCUGCUCAGUCCUAAGUCAUGUAUCAGAACUGACUGCUUACUUCUUCAGCCAUAAAUUGAUUGAACUGGUCGGUCACAUCAGGGUAUUGUACAUUGGCUUGGCCUGUAACACAGCUCGUUUUUUGUAUAUAUCCUAUUUGGAAAAUGCAUGGUAUGUGCUCCCCAUGGAGGUGUUGCAAGGUGUUACCCAUGCAUCUGUAUGGGCUGCAUGCAUCUCCUGUCUCAGUGCAGCUGUACCUCCUGCAUUAAGGACUUCUACCCAAGGAAUUUUACAAGGGCUUCAUCUGGGUUUGGGCCGAGGCUGUGGUGCUAUGGUAGGGGGAGUAAUGGUAAAUGCCUUUGGUGCUCCCGAAACAUUCCGUGGAAUUGGUAUGGCCUCUCUCGUAAUUCUCCUACUUUUUGCCUUGAUCCAAUGGCUAGCAGUGCCUGAUGAAGAUGAAGAAAAGAAGAUGCUUGCAGAACGGAUUCCAGUUCCAUCUAGUCCCGUUCCCAUAGCAACCAUUGAUCUCAUCCAACACCACUCCGAUAGUAUGAUGCCCCAUCUUGAAACCAAGCGUCCUCUAAAAAAGACAAAAUAUCAAGAGGAACAAGAAGAUGUUACAAAACCCGCCUGGGCCAUCAGCUCAUCACCAUGGGUCACUAUUGCAUUCGCUUUUUAUCAGGUUAUGGAGAUGGUGAAAUUAGCGAAGACCAAUGCAACUAUUGAGCAUCAAGUGCUACAGGAGGAAAAUGAUUGUCCAAUAGCUGCAGACACUUGGCCAGUUGGGAGCCCUCCAAAUCUUAAACCAUCACCCACUUCCAAGAAGGAAGAAAAGGUAGCAGUCCCAGUAACUGCCUCUGAACCUGAUGAGAUCAGCAUCAGCUCCACACAAGGCACUGAGAAUGGAUUACACCAGUCAGAUUUGCCUAGGAAUUUAAUGCCACUGCCAGGAAAUGAGAACCAGAACAUUGAUCCAGAAUUGCCUCAGCAAACAAGCACUAUCCAACCAAGUCAAAAAGAUGUCUCGUGAUGAUCAAAUUUAAAGAUUACAAAGCACUUGAAAGCGUUGAGAGAAAUGAAUUCAUAAUCUUCCGUGAUGAAUGUUUUUUUAAAAACAAACACAGGAAAGUUACUGAAGAAUAGCUCCACAAUAUUCCCAGAUUAUCAGUAAGACACUGACAGCUAAUAGUGUAAAUUUCAGAAAUUAUAAGGUUCUACAGCACAUUUCAGUGAAUUUAGAGCAUCUAUUGCAGAAUUUAAGUGCCUGUAUGAAGGACAUAACAUUCUUCACCCAAAACAUUCACAUGAAUUCUUAAAACCAUGCAUUAAAAAUAUAGCUAAAUUGCUGAACAAUUGGGGUUAAACUAUCAAACAGAGGUAAAGUUACAAUGCAUUACACUGCAACUAAGAAAAAGUCAAAUGCCGGAGUGUAAGUGAUUUUAUUGCAAUGUAGUCAGUUCAGGAUCUGAAUUUCUAGAAUCUAUAUGAAUUGUUAUGUUGAAUUAGGAUUAUCAUGUCAAAUAACUACUGACAUCUGUCACAGUGAGUGUGUUAAAAUUGGCUUGCAGCAUCUUUUGAGUAAGAAAUCACCAGCGGUCUCCAUGCAGGAAGCCAUCUUCUUACACUAUGAUGUUUUGGUAGGAUAGAUGCUUCGAAGGAGGAAAUAACUGAAUAAUAAAGCUCACCUUUGAGUUAAUAGUUUUUUAAAUUCGACAUGUAGCCACUAUUUAUACCAGGAUUCAAGAACUAGCCUAGUUUUCGUUUAAAAUUUGUAAUUUAGUAUAUCUAAGUUUCAGCUCCAAAUUCCUCUAUGAACAUUGCACAGGCAAUUAAAGCUUGCACUGUAUUUUAAUGGAGAUAUUUCUAUUUUUUAACUUUAUCAGUAGAGUACAUGAAAUGUAGAAUAUUUUUAAUUUAAUUUAUUUUAGCAAGCUGGCUGAUUUUAAACUAUGAAACCUCAACUCCUAUUCUCACCCCAGAACUCAAAAUAGAGCAAUUAACAAGUUAUCUAGCACUUCUGACUCACUUAUGUUUCGACAAGGAAAAAGAAAAAAAAACUGGUUGUAAAAUGUUUACAGGUUAUCUAUUCUCACACAAAUCCAUGCUUCCAAAUAUUUGCUUAAAUUUCAACUUUAAAUUGGUCACCAAACGUCUUGAUGUACACCUUUACAGUAAAACUCAACUGAAGAUCACGUUAUUUUGUGUAAAUCUGCAAAAACCCAAUUCAGAUGUAUCUAUGGAUACAAAACUCUUGAAUCAGUUAAAAAGACAGCUAUUCACAGUGUUACAUUGCUGAGUCAGCCUGAGUAAAUGAAAUACAGAAUUUGAAAUGCAGGAGCUCUCUUGAAGGUUUCUACUUUGAAAUAAAUGACUCAUCCAAGAAUGAAAUACACAAUUACACCUUGUUUUAAAAAUGAAAGAUUAGAGGCCCACUAUUAAAUUGAGCAACAAAUCAAGGCCAAACAAACAGUAUGGUUUUGGCAGGGGUAGGAAUCCUGAAUUCAGGUCAAAAUUGAAAAAAAAGGAGAGGGGGGGGGGCAAUGGACUACAAGGGAACUGCAGCUUCUCUUAUUCUUUUUCUGUCAAUUGGCAAGAAGAGAUCCAGUGAAUGUUUCAGCGUGCGAUUUGAGAGAGUUGUGGGAAAGCCACAGGCAUUUAAAAAGAAAUAAGGUUUAUUUUUAAACUUUACUAUUUUAUUCAGGUCCCUUCUGAAUUGCUCCUAGGUAUUAAAGACCUAAAAGCAUAGCAAAUUGUCAUUACUAAUUUUCAAUAUUGAGGAUUGACCUAUUUUUGCUCGAAGUAGGGUGCUUCAUUGUGUUGUCUGUACAAUUGUUAGUGCCUUCAAUGUAUUACAAAUAGCACUAUGUAUAAGAUAUAUCGAUUUUGUUGUGGGCUCUUGACUGGUGAAAUUUUUAGAUUGUCUUUAAACAAUGUGGCAAGAUAAAUUAUGUUGUUGAAUUAUACAUUGAUUAUCCCAGUGCUCAAAGAACUGCUUAUAUAUUAAAUUCA